AUGGGUGGUUUGGUGGAAGGAGCCGGGCGAGCCCAGGAAGGAAAAGGUAGAAUUAGAAGAUCAUGUGAUGUUGGAGUAGGAGGAUUUUUCUUAAAGACUUUAGGAUGCUGGUUCCAUUGUAGGUACAACUAUGCAAAACAAAGAAUCCAGGAAAGAAUUGCCAGAGAAGGAAUUAAAAAUAAGAUUUUAUAUGAAAGUACCCACCUUGAUCCUGAAAGAAAACAAACCAAUGGCAACAGCAACAGCUGA